AUGUCCCUCGUUCGUCGUCUCCGCUCGGGCCUCGAGCUCAUCUUUACAUUCUGCUGGGACACACUUCUCCCUAUCCUUACCAUACGACCUCCUUACUACGGCUUACACCAAUCUCUCUCCUCCUCAUCCUUCAAUUCACUCGUCGAUUCCGUUGAAGAAUCGCAAACCAGUGCAUCACCUAACACUGAGGAUUUUUCCACCAGCGGUGAAGAUAAACCCAUUGCCCUUUCUAUAGCACACGGCAUCACAACUCCACCCAUCACCCAGACCGUCUGCGACUUCCUCGACGCACAUGCAUCCGCGUCGCCUGCUGCCCUCGCUGCUCAGGAUAUCCUCGACCGCCAACUGACAUAUGCAGAUCUUCAAGCGAGCUCUGUUCGUCUCGCGAGACAACUCAAAGACCGAGGCGUGGGCCGUGGCAGCCGCGUCUGCCUGGUGCUGGAGAGAUCCCUCGAACACAUCGUAGCCCUAUUUGCGGUGCUUCGACUGGGAGCGGCGUACAUCCCGCUGGAUGGGACCAUUAUCCCGCAUAGCGUGCUUCGAAUUGUCGUGAGCGAUGCUCGACCAACGGUCAUUCUGGUUUCCAAGACGCAUGUCGCACGUUCUGGGAGCGUCGAGGGGAAGUGGUACUGCAUUGAAGAUCUCUUAGAGGCGGACGAGCAUAUGGGACCUGGAACGAGUUUCGACGAUGCACGACCCGAGGAUCCUGCGUAUAUAAUCUUCACUUCAGGCACAACUGGGCGCCCCAAGGGUGUGGUUGUAAGUCAUUCCAAUGUCGUGAAUCUGGUGUGUCAGGCUCCAGGGAACUUGGGUAUCACCCUCAGAACGAAGGUGGCGCAGCUGCUGAACGUCGCGUUCGACAUGUGCGCCUGGGAGAUUUUCAGCUGCAUCUUGAAUGGCGGGAGUCUUUAUCUUCGUGGCCUCCGACGCGCAGACUGGAUGAAGGUGAUGAAGACUGUAGACGUACUUAUCUGCACGCCGUCGAUACUAGAACCGCACGACCCCGAGGACUACGCAAAUGUGAAGGUCAUAGCGACAGCGGGCGAGCCAUGUACCAAGGCACUUUUGGAACGGUGGGGGCAUCGUGUGAAGUUCUUUAAUUGCUGUGGCCCUACAGAGGUGAGUACGACCAUCGUGAAUACAAUGGAUCUCUACCAUCCCGGCUCGGACGUGACAAUCGGACGACCGACCCCUAACAACUCAGUGUACGUCUUGGACGAAGAGCUGCGCCCUCUGCCUCGCGGAGAGGUCGGCAUGAUGUGGGCAGGCGGGUUGGGAGUCAGUCUCGGCUACCUCAACCUUCCUGAGCUCACGAAGAUCAAGUACAGGCGAGACCCAUUCAGAGCAGAUGGGUACGUAGGAAUAAUGUACAGCACCGGAGACCUCGGUCGACUGCGCGUAGACGGGAAGUUCGACCAUCUCGGGCGCGUUGAUGAGCAGGUCAAGGUCCAGGGCUUCCGGGUCGAGCUAGACGGUGUUAGCGCGGCGAUGCGCUCAUGCGCAGGAAUCACGUCUGCGUGCGCGCUCCUCAUAGACGGCGAGCUGCACGGGUUUUAUGCGCCUAGUUCGGUCUCUGCAGCCGCGGUACUGGAGGCAACAAUGGCAAUUCAGCCAUGCUAUGCCGUGCCGUCGAGAUACAUCGCGUUGGACGCGCUCCCUUUGACUGGCAACGGAAAGGUUGACAAGCGGAGGCUACACGAGAUUGCGCAGGACCCUGGCACACUCUGUGAGAUAGUCCACGUUGGGUAG